AGGAAGGUGUUUCUUUUACUCCUGAGUCCAGACACCUCUCUCUGUUCCGUCUAAGCUUGUUUUGCUGAACACUUUUUUUAAAAAAAGGAAAAGAAAAGGAGUUGCUUGAUGUGAGAGUGAAAUGGACGUAAGAUUUUAUCCACCUCCAGCCCAGCCCGCCGCUGCGCCCGACGCUCCCUGUCUGGGACCUUCUCCCUGCCUGGACCCCUACUAUUGCAACAAGUUUGACGGUGAGAACAUGUAUAUGAGCAUGAGAGAGCCGAGCCAGGACUAUGUGCCAGCCAGCCAGUCUUACCCUGGUCCAAGUCUGGAAAGUGAAGACUUCAACAUUCCACCAAUCACCCCUCCCUCCCUCCCUGACCACUCACUGGUGCACGUGAAUGAGGUCGAACCCGGUUACCACUCUCUGUGUCACCCAAUGAACCAUAAUGGCCUGCUACCAUUUCAUCCACAAAACAUGGACCUACCUGAAAUCACCGUCUCCAAUUUGCUGGGACAGGAUGGAGCAAUGCUUACUAACUCCAUUUCUGUGAUGCAAGAUAUACGGAAUCCAGAAGGAACUCAAUAUAGCUCCCACCCUCAGAUGGCAGCCGUGAGACCAAGGGGUCAGCCUGCAGACAUCAGGCAGCAGCCAGGAAUGAUGCAGCAUGGCCAGCUGACCACCAUCAACCAGUCACAGCUAAGUGCUCAGCUUGGCCUGAAUAUGGGAGGAAGCAGCGUCCCCCACAACUCCCCAUCUCCACCCGGAAGCAAGUCUGCAACUCCUUCCCCGUCUAGUUCAGUGCAUGAAGAUGAAGGUGAUGAUACCUCUAAGAUCAAUGGUGGAGAGAAGCGACCUGCGUCUGACAUGGGGAAAAAGCCAAAAACCCCAAAAAAGAAGAAGAAGAAGGACCCCAAUGAGCCUCAGAAGCCUGUGUCUGCAUAUGCAUUGUUCUUUCGUGAUACUCAGGCUGCCAUCAAGGGCCAAAAUCCAAAUGCUACCUUUGGUGAAGUCUCUAAAAUUGUGGCUUCAAUGUGGGAUGGUUUAGGAGAAGAGCAAAAACAGGUCUAUAAAAAGAAAACCGAGGCUGCUAAGAAGGAGUACCUGAAGCAACUAGCAGCCUACAGAGCCAGCCUUGUAUCCAAGAGCUACAGUGAACCUGUUGACGUCAAGACCUCUCAACCUCCUCAGCUGAUCAACUCAAAGCCGUCAGUGUUCCAUGGGCCCAGCCAGGCCCACUCAGCUCUGUACCUAAGUUCCCACUACCACCAACAACCAGGAAUGAAUCCUCACCUAACUGCCAUGCAUCCCAGUCUCCCAAGGAGCAUAGCCCCCAAGCCGAAUAACCAAAUGCCAGUGACUGUCUCUAUAGCAAACAUGGCCGUGUCCCCCCCUCCUCCCCUCCAGAUCAGUCCACCUCUUCACCAGCAUCUCAACAUGCAGCCGCCCCAGCCACUCACCAUGCAGCAGCCCCUUGGGAACCAGCUCCCCAUGCAGGCCUUACACUCACCGACCAUGCAGCAGGGAUUUACUCUUCAACCCGACUAUCAGACUAUAAUCAAUCCUACAUCCACAGCUGCACAAGUGGUCACCCAAGCAAUGGAGUACGUGCGUUCUGGGUGCAGAAACCCUCCCGCCCAGCCGGUGGACUGGAAUAACGACUACUGCAGUAGUGGGGGCAUGCAGAGGGACAAAGCGCUGUACCUCACCUGAAAGUCUGAACACCUCUUCUUUCCACUGAGGAAUUCAGGGAAGUCUCUUCACCGUGGAUUGCUUUGUACAGUCAAGGCAGUUCUCCAUUUUAUUAGAAAAUCCAAGUUGCUAAGCACUUAGGACCAUUUGAGCUUGUGGGUCACCCACUCUGGAAGAAAUAGUCAUGCUUCUUUCUUAUUUUUUUAAUCCCUUAUGGACAUUGUUUUUCUUCUUCCCUGAAGGAAAUUUGGACCAUUCAGAUUUUAUGUUGGUUUUUUGCUGUGAAGUGCUACGCUAUAGUAACUGCCUUAGCAACUGUAGAUGUCUCGGGUAAAAAGUCCUGGAUUUUCCAUUGGUUUUCAUAAUGGGUGUUUAUAUGAAACUACUAAAGACUUUUUAAAUGGCUUGAUGUAGCAAUCAUAGCAAGUUUGUAAAUAGCAUCUAUGUCACACUCUCCUAGAGUAUAAAAUGUGAAUGUUUUUGUAGCUAAAUUGUACUUUGAAACUGGCUCCUUCCAGUUGAUUAAUUUCACAAUAGGGGUUAAAUUGGCAAACAUUCAUAUUUUUACUUCAUUUUUAAAACAACUAAUAGUUCUAUAUUUUCAAAAUAUUUGAAAAAAAAAAAAAACGUAUUCCCAAAUGAUUUUAAUUUAAAAACAAAUUGGCUUUGUCUCAUUGACCAGACAGAAAGAAACUAGUGUUAAGGGAAGCGCAAACACGUUUAUUUUGUACUGCAGAAAAAUUGCUUUUUUGUAUCACUUUUUGUGUAAUGGUUAGUAAAUGUCAUUUAAGUCCUUUUAUGUAUAAAACUGCCAAAUGCUUACCUGGUAUUUUAUUAGAUGCAGAAACAGAUUGGAAACAGCUAAAUUAUAACCUUUACAUAUGGCUCUGUAUUAUUGUUUCUUCAUACUGUGUCUGUAUUUAAUCUUUUUUUAUGGAACCUGUUGCGCCUAUUUAUGAAAUAAUAAAUAUAGGUGUUUGUAAGUAAA